GCCAUGAUGAAACAAAUUUUGCUGGCUGUGUGCCUUGUGGCACUGGUUUAUGGUGUGAUACGGGUUCCUCUGAAGAGAGAAAAGAUUCUCAAGAGACAAUUCUCACGCUCAUGGUCUUCAAAUUUUUUGAAUAUGGUCAAAGACACUGAAAUGUGUGCUGCAGCAGCCCCCAAUGAACCCCUCAUCAAUUACUUGGAUAAUAGUUAUUUUGGACUGAUAUCAAUUGGCACUCCUCCUCAGAACUUUACAGUGAUCUUUGACACUGGCUCGGCUAACUUGUGGGUCCCAUCAAUCUAUUGCACUAGUCCAGCCUGUGCCCAGCACUCCAAAUUCCAGCCUAGCAAGUCAAGUACCUACUCUUCUAAUGGCUCAAAGUUCUCCCUGGAGUAUGGCACUGGAAGCCUCUCGGGUAUAAUAGGAAUUGACACUGUUACAGUUCAAGGUAUCACUGUACGGAACCAGCUCUUUGGUGAGAGUUCUUCAGAGCCAGGCAGUACCUUUGAGGAUGCACUUUUUGAUGGAAUCUUGGGCCUUGCAUAUCCACUAUUGGCAGUUGGAGGCUGCACUCCUGUCUUUGAUAACAUGAUGCAUCAGAAUUUAUUGGAAGAGCCCUUGUUCUCCGUCUACAUGAAAAGAGAUUAUAACUCAACUGAUGGAGGGGAGCUGACAUUUGGUGGCUUUGACACAUCCCGCUUCUUUGGGCAGCUGAACUGGGUGCCUGUCUCUAACCAGGGCUAUUGGCAGAUUCAACUAGACAACAUACAGGUUGCAGGUGAAGUGGUAUUAUGCAAAGGAGGGUGUCCAGCCAUUGUAGACACUGGCAGCUCCCUGAUUGGUGGUUCCUUGUCUGACGUCCUACAACUCCACAAUGCUACUGGUAUUACAGAUGCCAAUGGAGAGUACAGCGUGGAUUGCAAUAGGUUGCAUGAAAUGCCAAUUGUCACCUUUACUAUUAAUGGAAUCGGAUACACACUGUCUGCUAAGCAAUAUACAACAGCGGAGGGUGACAAUGUCUGCAGUAGUGGAUUUCAGGGGCUCGAUAUUGGAUCCCUCUGGAUUCUGGGUGAUGUGUUCAUUGGCCAAUAUUACUCUGUGUUUGAUCGGGGGAAUAAUAGAGUAGGGUUUGCUCCAUUGGUAGCUGCCUAUGAAUCCAAUGAGGUGUGACUCAAACCUUAAGGCA